AUGUCGCUUGUAUCCUUACUUGGAGUAAAUGUAUUGAAUAACCCUGCCAAGUUCACGGAUGCUUAUGAGUUCGAGAUUACGUUUGAGUGUCUGGAGCCUUUAAAGGAAGAUUUAGAGUGGAAACUCACGUAUGUCGGGUCUUCAAAAUCAUUGGAUCACGACCAAGAGCUGGAUUCCAUCUUAGUGGGUCCGGUUCCAGUUGGGGUCAACAAGUUCCUUUUCACAGCUGAUCCUCCAAGUCCAGAACUAAUACCGUCAUCUGAAUUAGUCUCCGUUACAGUCAUAUUGCUCUCAUGCUCUUACAAGGAGAAAGAGUUCGUUCGAGUGGGCUACUAUGUUAAUAAUGAGUACGACUCUGAAGAGUUGAGGGAGAACCCACCUGCCAAGGUUCAAGUUGAUCAUAUUGUUCGUAAUAUAUUGGCUGAGAAACCUCGAGUAACGCGGUUUAACAUUGUAUGGGACAACGAGAAUGAAAAUCCAGAUGAAUUCCCACCAGAACAACCCGACGUUGAUCUUGAAGAGGACGACGAGGAAGAUUAUGCUGCCGACGAAUUGGAAGAGGAGGUUGAAGGUUCUGUUAGCAGGGUCACCGAAGACAUCGCUGAUGGAGAAGGUGAGGGUGAAAUCAACGGAAACGAAGACAAUGGGAAUGACGCUGAAGCUGACCUUAUCCCAACUGAGGAUGAAGCAGCAGACGGAGACUCUCCUUCUAAGAAGCGAAAAAUUGAGAAUCAGGAAGAGGAAGAGGAAGAGGAAGAAGCAGAAGAGCUUGAGGCGGAGGAAGAAGAUAUCGAGGAAGAUCUAGAAGCUGAAGAGGACGACGAAGACAUAGAAGAGGAGGAAGAUGCAAACGCUGACACCGACGAGGAAGGAGUUGAAGAUGGAGCUGAAGAAGGAGUUGACGGAGAAGGAGCCGAAGACGAAAGUGCUGGAGAAGACGAAGCAGCAGAGGAUGGUGAAUCGCAACCCACAGUCCAAGAAAGUAAAGUCGAUGAUUGA